AUGGUCUUCCAUUUUGCGCACCGCCCGCUCUGGUUGUGUGCGCGCGCACUCCGAUUCAUCCACAACGAAGAAUACCCACCGGGUUGUUCGCCACUGCAGACAUGGAUGCAGCUUAUGGAUGAGCUCGAACACUGGUACCACGAGCGGCCGCAGGAAUUCCAGCCGAUGCUGGAGCUGGAGAAUCAUGACCAGUUAGCCGGGCCAGAGCGCAGUUUUCCGGUGGUUCUGUUCUCCAAUGGAGCGGGUGCUUUCGGCAGCCAGCUCUAUCAUACUGCAAUGCUGGUACUGCUGCAAAGCCGGCCGCGCACUGCACCCAUCACUGAUUUCAGCCCUACUGCGAUGUCACCGCUUUGGCAUGCGCAGCGCAUCUGCAGCAUCGCCUUGCAUAACGACCGGCAGGAAUGCUGGGAUCCGUGCCUGCUGGCAUCAUUUCUGGUUGCUGCGCGUCGGAUGACGCAUGAGUCGCAGCAGCGGGAAAUCCUGCGCGCAUUUGAGCGCGUUCGGACGAUGACGGGGUUUGAUAUCAGUGAGCGCUUGCAGGAAUUGCGGCAAAUAUGGUGUCUUCUCGAUGAAACGUAA